AUGUGGGAAUCCACGCGGUACUACUACUACUACUACUACUACUACUACUACUACUACUACUACUACUACUACUACUACUACUACUACUACUACUACUACUACUACUACUACUACUACUACUACUACUACUACUACUACUAUCACCUCUCUUUGAGGUAUAGAAAUUUCGUUGCACGGAUGGACCUCCAAAGCCGUUGCGGCUCCUCUUGA